CGGCGACGGAGGCGUCGGCGGGAUCGACGCCGUCGCCGCCGGCUCCGCUGCCUACACCGUUCGGCAGCCCGCGAGUCCAGUGGAGUGCGGGGCCGCAGGGUAGCGGUAGCGGCGGCGGCGGCGGUGGCGGCGGAACCCCCCGGGGCAGUGCCGACGGCAGCGGCGGCGGCGGUAGCGGCGGAGUGUGGCACUUCAAUGAUGGCACGCCACCGGCCAAGCUGGAGGAUGUGGAGGUCCCACCACACAUGGCGGCCUGGUCGCCGCCGCUGUCGCUGAAGCCGCCACCGCCGCCAGCGGCGACGGCGGCGGUACGACAAUCACCAGGACCCGGCGGCGGCAGGGCCUCCGGUGCUGCUACUCCGAGUAGCUUCCCGGACUUUCACCGAGCCGAUGAGGAGGAGGAUAACCGCCAGCGGCGGCGGCUCCGCCGCCAACGUCGCGAGGCCGGCAGCCGGACCGAGCCCGAUCCGCAUCUCCGCCCGCGAAGGGGAACGGCUUCCCGCGAUUACCAGUACAUGCCUCCGUCGCCUCCGUCGACGGAGGCGCCAUCCGCGCCUAGCAGCUUUGACAGCGGUGACGGCGGCGACGGCGGCGGCGGCGGCGGCGGCUCUGCCAGCAGCGGCAGCAGCAGCAGCAGCGUGCCGACGGAGGAGUGGGCUGCACGGCAGGCGGCGGAGGCGGCCGCCACCGGGCAGCGAGCCGCGCCGCAUGACGUGGAGGACUGCGAGAACCUGCUGGAGUUUUAUUACGUGCAGGCUGAGGCCCUGCUAGGCCGGCUUGACGCCCUCAACGAACGCAUCGACGACACAGAGGACCUGGUCAACAUUGACCUGGACAACAGGCGCAACCAGAUCGUGGGGAUCGACCUGGUGGUUACCUCCAUCACGCUCAUGUUCACCGUGAUCACCUCCGUGGCGGGCGUCUUCGGCAUGAACAUGCGCAACACGCUGGAAGAGUCCUUCACGGCCUUCUGGGUCACCACCGCCGCCGCCUUCGCCGGCGGCCUCCUCAUAUCCACCGCCUUCCUGGGCUACGUGGCACAGCGGCGGCUGCUGAUGCUGCCGGGAACGGGAAGCGGGGGAGGAGGGGCGUCGGGUGGUCCGGGAGGAGGAGAAGGUGGAGGAGGAG